AGAUUUAUUGACGACGAGCGGUUAACUGCGAACGGAUUUGACGUCUGUUUGAAGACUGGUAAGUGUGCAUUACCGGGUUCGUUCAAAGUGUUGAAUUCGUGAGGGAGUCGUGAAAUUUGCGGCGAACCAGUUUUCUAGACCUUGAAAAGUCUAGAAAAAUGGGGUAAAUCUAAAUUUGCAAUGCUCUCCCUUGAAUUGUGCAGAUUUAGGGCCCGAAAAACUCCUUUCCGGUGGUCCGGAACAAUUAUUCGAUUUUCUUUGCUAGUCAAGUAGGUUUCUAUCUUGCCCAAUCAGCAAAUCACUUAGCAACUACAAUAGAACCUUCCUAACUCGAACUCUGAAGGGAAGCGAAAAACAGUUCAACUUAGCGAGAGUUGGAGUUAUUGGGUUCGAUUCCAAAAUUCAAUUUUCAGUGUUAAAAAUUGAUAGUUACUGAUUUUUCAGCACCUCCGGCAGUGUAUUGUGCUACUGCAGUGCAAGUUUAACUUAUUUAUCAGAAACGGUAACAUGAUUAAGGUUUUUUUUUAUGAUUAAACGUCAUCUGUUCGUUGCACCAGUUAAAAUCAAAUCGCUGUUAAGUGUUAGCCAGUGUUAGAUUUUUUUCUUUUUUCUGAUUGUGUAACAAGAACAGCUAAAAGAAUGGCAUGCGAGUAGAGUUACAGGAACCAGAAUUCGAGUUAUCGGGGUAAUUUCCAGUGACUUUUUUAAUUCGAGUUAUCCGAGUUAAAGUUAUCCGAGUAAAAAUGACUGAAAAGUGGGGUGAAAUCCGAGGGAAAUUGGACUAGUAGUUCAAGUUAUCCGAGUUCGAGUCAACCGAGUUAAAAAUGACUGAAAAGUGGGGUGAAAUCCGAGGGAAAUUGGACCUAGUUCAAGUUAUCCGAGUUCGAGUUGUCGGGGUUCUACCGUAAAUCAAUAACUUAGACAAGUGAGCAAUGGCCCCAGAAAAGCAAAGGUCGAGAGCUGCAUGUCCAAAUGACAAGCUGGAAUUAAAGUUCUUUGUCGAACCCUAAACUGCACCUGAAAAAUGUACGGUAACGUACCCUUAUGGUGAGUAAAAUCGUGGGAAGUAGUCGUGAACAAGUGACUUCAGCUCGGUUUCCUCUAAUCUUUCUGAUCGUCUCGUCAUUGAUCCAAAAAUGUUUCCAUACGAUCCACAGGAGUAUAUGUGUAUAAUACUCAGGCAAAAGUCUUUUUGGGAAAGUAUUGGCCAAAUAGAUCACCCCUGCCCUGUGCUCGAAUUUGAAUAGGCUGAUCUGCAAGACAUUCCUGACUAAUAAAGGGAUUUUCUUUACCACUGUUCGUGACUGGUCUUGCUAUGAUUGGCCUGUUAAAAAAGCUAUGAUCAAUUUGCCAACCAGGUUGAAGGGGAGUUCGAAACGCAUUUCCGGUAAUUCAUAGAGUCCGUCUGCAGUGGCGGAUCCAGGGGAGAGGCCACUCCCNCCCCUCCCUUAUUUUUAGACCGAAAUGAGGCCCGAAGGGCCGAAAAAAAAAUUGAGAGCGUGCCCCCCUUAUGUCAAAGUCUGGGUGAUCCCCCGCGCCCAUCUGAAGGUCUGGAUCCGUCACUGGUCUGUGACGCAGGUUACCAGCCAGGAUUAGUCAGUUUUCUUCCUAGUGGCGAAGAGCCAGAAACGGCUGUAUUCUUCGGCUUCUAAAAUGUAGGCGUCCCUGCAGCCACGUACAAUUUAGGUGCUUGAAGUCAUCUUCUACACUCAACUGCUGACCUUUUAGGAAACGCCUAUGGCAUCGCUUCCUUUCUCAAAAAUUGUCUGUUACAAUCGCGACUAAAGAUUUGUUAUUUUUUCCCUUGAAAUAGAUUCAGAGAGUGGAGAGACCAAGCUAGAGCUGCACAAAAUGUCUACUACUAUUCCAUUCUAUGGAGUGCCAGAUCUGGCAGAAGUUCUUGGUAAGUACAUUAACCGUAGCUGCCCAGUUAUAUCAGACAUCUUUAGAUUCUAAGACGAGUACAACUGCGAGUACGAGAUUUUCUCAAUACUAAGUAGCUGUGAGCGUGCGUGAACCAGCGUCAUUUUAGCGGGAAAACGUGGUAGCCGUCCUCAUUGUACUACGCGUUUUAGCGAGGAUUUUGUUAUGACGGAAACAUGUAAACGAAUUUUACAUCGGAAAAGGACUUCAGUUAACCUCCUUCAAUAAAGAUAACAGUCCUAACUUAUUUGGUGAAAAAACUUGCAAUGAAGCUUUCUGGGGUGGUUAUCUUUUGAGAAUACACGCGGAAGCUAUCAGCCGUCAAAUUUCGUCCUCCUAGUUGUUCUUGUCCUCGAAUCUAAAGGUCUCUAUUGAGUAAACGCAUGAGUGCAUCGACUUGGAUUUCGGUUCGUCUUCCCUGAGCAAGCAUUUAGUCCCAAACAGUUUUGUAGUCGUUUUGUAUUGGCUGCCUUGUUACCAGUUUUUUUUCUUUUUUCCGGCUUGGUUUUUAGUAUUUACGAAGUCGUUUUCAUUGCAUUCUGGUUUGUAGAGUGCCUUCCACAUGUACGUUAGCUUUUUCUAUUUCUUGCAUCUCGGGUGAAAGUUUUUUUGGCUUUACGAAAACUAACAAAGUGGGGUUUAAAGAUUGAGCAUAAAUUGACAACAAAUUCCUCAAGAGGAUGGUUGCCUUCACCUCAACAAUUCUCAGUAGUUAUGAUGGGGGCCUCCAUUUUCUAUUUCAUUUCUGUUGUCUACUUGUAUUGAAUUUCACAUAGGAAAAGUUUGAGAAAAAUUAUCAGUAAACCUUCAGAAUAUUAACCUUAAGAGACCACUCUUCUUUCCUAUGUUUUCUAUUUUAGAACUCGUGAAUCAACAAAAUGGCGACAGUAAUUCCAACUCUUUGACAAGCUGCAGACCAUUUAAGGUUAUCCACUAUCUACAGGUUUGUAGCACCUCCACAGGCUUGUUAUCUUGUUGACACUGCGGAUUCAAGUUCACUUCUACAGUUAACUUGUGUUUGCUUAGCAGUAAGCGAUCUUAUUAGUGUUAAAAAUAAGGUAAUCAAAGAAAUCACAAGAGAGUCCACUGUAAAUACGAUGUUUAAACUGAGAAGAUAUGUUUCAAAAUGUUUAGAACGCUCAUCCCUUUUUGGCUAGGUUAAACACACAAAAGUAUCAAACGCAAAAUUGCGUGGGAUUACAUGAACUGAUAGUCUUCAGAACUUAAAGAGCAAUGUAACAGAAGGUACCUCUGGUGGUUUUUUUUGGUGUUGCGGGAAACCAUUGUUGGUUAGCUAAUGUUUUGUGGUGUGACUAUUGUUCAGUGUCCUUUCAAUCUUUUUCAUUACGUCAUUUGGUGAAAACCAAGAAACGAGCAAAGAAGUUUACCAAAAAGUGUGAUGCAUGUGCAGAAAUGUUUUUGUUUUUUGUUUUGCUUAUGAAACUUAUCGGUUUUUUACUCUUAUUUACUUUCUCGUUGCGCGGCAACCUAUUCUCAGCCGUUACUAUAGAAACAGUUCUUUUUAUAUAUAAUGACGACAACCAAAUCCUGCUCUUUUACCCAAGACAAGAAUACAAACAAAGCUGCAAUAACAAAAGCGACUUGAGGUUUCCCAAUAUUUCGGAAGGAGAACAGGGUGCAAAAAAAAAAUCAUUUUUACAGCUUGCCAUUCGGGCAAGCUGAAGCUAGCAUCUGCUAGCCCAGACGUCAUUUCAACUAGCCCCAAAAGCUUUUAGUCGAGCAGAAUUGAUUUCACACUUCUUCUGUUAUUCGAAUUCCUCAAAGAACAUCACUUGCCCGUUGGGCAAGUUAAAAACAGAUUUCACUAGCCCGAUAGCAAAAUCCACUAGCCCCGGGCUAUCGGACACUACUUUUUUUGCAGGCUGAAGAAGGACGGCUUGUUCCUCCGAAAUAUCGAGAAACCUAUAGUCGCUUUUGUCUUUGCUUUUUAAAGUGCCCGUGGGCGAUUUUUUCGUAGUCUUUCCUCAAUUUGCAACGAGAAAGGACCAGUGACCAGAGCCUGAAAUUCAGCUUUUGAAGCCAGCUAACCCAAGCAACUUGUUUUAAACUUUUUUUUUUCUGUCACUUUUCCAUUUUUGUUUAUGUAGGGCGAGGCGGUGCGAGUGGCUCGAGGCCUGAGUUCCCGGAUGAGUAGAAGCGAAGUCAGUGACAUAAUCUCCCGGAUGACCAAUCAGAUUCCAGAAGAUACGAGGACUUGCGUUCAUGGCCGACCAUUCUUCGAAAAGAUUGCGCAGAUUGAAAGCGAAUAA